CCUUUCAUUCAUAUUCACACCAUUUUCUAUUUUUGUGGUUUUUCCUUGACAAAUUUUACUAGUGAAAAACAUUUAAAAAUAAAUGUGGAUACAGAGAUAAUAACCAUGGCUUCAAUGGCGAUAUCAUCACCAGCUUAUUACAAGAGUGAGCUGAGAAGAGCCAUUAAGGUUUCUUCUUUGCUUCCCACAAUUGUCUCUCAGCAGCAGAAGCACCAAAACUUAAAUGAUAGUAAUUCAAAUCAGCUGAGUAGAAGGGAAAUUAUAUUGAGAAGCAGUGAGCUUGCACUUCUUGGGGCCAUUUUUCAGUUCAGUGGAAAAAAACCAGAUUACCUUGGUGUGCAGAAAAAUUAUCCAGCACUAGCAUUGUGCCCGGCCACAAAGAAUUGCAUUUCAACUUCAGAAAAUGAGAGUGAUUUUACUCAUUAUGCCCCACCUUGGAAUUACAACCCAGAAGAAGGGCGUGGGAGUAAAAAGCCCGUUUCUAAAGAAGCAGCAAUGGAGGAGCUUCUGCAAGUUAUAAAAUCAACAAAACCAGACAAGUUCACUCCACGUAUAGUUGAGCAGAAAGAUGAUUAUAUUCAUGUGGAGUAUGAAAGCCCUAUCUUGGGGUUUGUAGAUGAUGUUGAGUUUUGGUUCCCACCUGGCAAGAAAUCAGUAGUACAGUAUCGAUCAGCAUCACGCCUAGGGAACUUUGAUUUUGAUGUGAACAAGAAGCGAAUUAAGGCAUUGAGAGUAGAACUAGAGAAAAAAGGAUGGUCUUCAGAAGAUAGCUUUUGAUGGAGCUUGGAUUACCAAGAAAAAUGUCCCACAGACAAUGAAAGUCAGCAGAAGAUAUAUCAAUCUCAACAUCUUUUUUACGAGAAUCCUACAAGCUUCAUGUACCGUCAAGGAAAUACUGAGAUCUUAUAUGUUACUCAAUAAGAUAUGGC